UUGAUAAUUAUUUCCGUAGCCGUCUUGUAGCACAAGCAUUAGCAAAUGAUGAAACCAAAGAUACUUAUGAACACCCUCGAGUUUUUAUUACCGAUGCCGACUCCGGAAUGGAUGCUGCAAUAGAUAUUCAUUAUAGUAAUACUUAUCCACUUCAUUGUAUUUAUCAUAUAUCUCAAAAUCUUAUACGCAACCUCAAGGCUCUCCUUAGUAGUUCCUUUAAUGAUUUCAUUAAAGAUUUUUAUUUGUCUGGUAUUUCAUCUACAUCACGUGUUGAAAGCGAAAAUGCUGUAAUAAAAAAUGUUCUUCAAGGCCGACCUAGUCUUUGUGAACUUGCUGCUAUUUUGGACUUGCGAUUAAGUGAUGAAGCACGUUAUAAAUAUCUUACUGAAGAAAUGCUUUUCCGACAAAGACAUGAAAUAAUACAAUCACUUGACUAUUACACUAUAACAGAAUUACCUAAUGAUAGUUAUGCUGAAGAAAGCUAUGAUACACAACAAAUUCACCUGACCUUUCUUCUAGAGGAUCUCUCUCCAAACAAAAUUAUUGCUAAAAUCCGUGGUAAUGAUGUUUUUGGCCCAGAAGCCGUUCAAUCUGCAGUUGAGGCAGGUGGUGAAUCUCUUUGCCAUCCUGAACAAGUUGAAAAUCCAAUUGAGAGACGACAUAGAGGGCGGUCUUCAGUUAAACGGUUUAAGAGUAGUACUGAACAAGUCAAAAACAAAAAAUCUCAAAAUAAAUGUGGAAAAUGUGGAGUUGUUGGGCAUUAUGCGCCAACUUAUACAAUAACCUUGGAUUAUGGCAUAAAUGCAACCGAGGAUAAAAAAUCAUUUGAAUGGAACUUGAAAUCUAUUGAACAUAGUCCUGAAAUUAUCGCUAUAAGAGUGCUUAAAAAGGAUAG